UAAAUUGCAAUCGCCCCAAAAUGCAGUUGAUCAUCCUAGCUGUCCUGUUGGCUUUUAUAGGAAUUGCACAGUCACAGGUCUGUAACUAUGAUUGUAGACGAGUAGGAGUUGACUAUCUUUGCGGAAAAACUGUGCGAAACGGCAGGGAAAUUCGAUGCACCUACAGAAAUCCCUGCGAAAUGGAUCGGCAUGCCUGCCAAAAGCGUGAAGAGUGGAAAAAAGACUCGACAGGUCGAUGCACACGCGAUUCGGAUGAAUGCAGAAGGUAGGGGGAAAUUACCAGGCGCAGGAGAAGCAGCUGAAUAUUUUUAAGAAUGUAUAAAUAUUGACACAAUUGACAAAACGAAAUAUACAAAAUAAUAUUUUUGACAGUCUC